GCAUGCGCAUUCGGGGGUCCCUGGGGAGCCCGGGCUCAAGGAAGGGCGGCACAGCCCCGCCUCUGUCCCCGGCACCCCCUUUCCUCCCCCCUCCCCCUCCCCAUCUCUCGGGCGCAAGCGCGGGCUCGAGACCGCGAGCGGCAGCUGUCAAGCAAACGAGGUGCGGAGAAGGAGGCGGAGGUGACGGCAGCGGUGAGGCAGCGGUGAGGCAGCAGCGGUGAAGUGACUGCGGUGACUGAGCAGACAGCACCAAGCCUGCGGGGCCAUCAGCCUCCUAGGCGCCUCGGGCCCCUGCCCCCACCUCGAAUUAGAGAAAGAACAUUGGAGUAGGAGUCAGAAGACCUGAAUUCUUGGUCAGAAUCUGCCACUAACAUCUUGGAUUGUCUUGGUCACAAGCCCAGCCCUACCUGCUGCAGCUACAAUGAGUGGGAAGUCCCUGCUCUUAAAGGUCAUUCUCCUGGGGGAUGGUGGAGUUGGGAAAAGCUCCCUCAUGAACCGUUAUGUAACCAACAAAUUCGACUCUCAGGCUUUCCACACCAUAGGUGUGGAAUUCCUAAACCGAGAUUUAGAAGUGGAUGGUCGCUUUGUGACGCUCCAGAUCUGGGACACUGCAGGUCAGGAGCGUUUCAAGAGCCUACGAACACCAUUCUACAGAGGAGCAGACUGCUGCCUCUUGACCUUUAGUGUAGAUGACCGGCAGAGCUUUGAAAAUCUUAGCAAUUGGCAGAAAGAGUUCAUCUAUUAUGCAGACGUGAAAGACCCUGACCACUUCCCCUUUGUAGUCCUAGGAAACAAGGUAGACAAAGUUGAAAGGCAAGUGACCACCGAAGAGGCCCAAGCCUGGUGUGUAGAGCAUGGGGAUUACCCAUACCUGGAAACAAGUGCCAAAGAUGACACCAAUGUCACCGUGGCUUUUGAAGAAGCAGUGAGGCAGGUUCUGGCCGUGGAAGAGCAGCUAGAGCACUGCUUGCUGGGCCACACUGUUGACCUAAACAGCAGCUCUAAAGCUGGAUCUUCAUGUUGUUAAGGCAAGAGCUUCUUGAAAAGUAUACUCAACAUUGAUUUGUCAAUAGUACAAGGAGAGAUGAUUUCCAGGUGCAUCCAAGAGUGUCCAGAAAAAGGGUUGUUAGAUGUUAUUGGUGACUAUCAAUCAGAACCUUUCAAAUUGAAGUUGGGAGAUGAGAAGAAAAAGCUUUAUGGGGAGCAAGCCAAAUGUAUUUGUGUGUGAUUUCUGCUAUUUCCCCUUCCUGCAUAUAUCAACCAGGGCCUUCAAGGAAGAUUUAGGUCUUGAGUGAAUUAAAUAGUUUCACAUUUGCAGUAUUAAUCCAGAACUCGCUGUGAAAAUGAGGCUUUCAGCAACAUGGAGUUGGAGAGCUACAGGUAUCACUGAACGUGUUUCCACUAAUGAACCAAAAAGGGUUUCCAUCAGACUUUUUGAAAAACAGUUCCUUACAUUUCGGCCAAAGGAAAGACAUGAAUCUUGACCUGUAUUUUGACAAAAGCAGUCGUGCAUCAUGAGGCUGGAAUAACUAGGAAUGCAGAUUUGUAACAAUGUAUGUUGCCUUGUUGAAACCCUUCUAUAUAUUUUUCUCCUGCUCUGAACCUUUCAAAGAAUACCACCUCAAUGCAAGACAGACUCAUGCCACUGAGAACAAUAGUCUCCUUCUGUUUGAAAUGAAAAGACUCUUCAAGUAUUCCAGCCUUCUUUGGAGAGAAAUGGUUGAUCUGCCUUCACUUUGGACCCUUGCCACAUAGAGAUGCCGCUUCUGUGUCACCUUUUCAUCAACAGAAGACUUCUGCCUGAUCUUCCUAAUGAUAAUGACAACAUCGAGUGUCUUUGGUCAUGAUUCAGUGCAUUUGGCCACCAGAACGAGCUCAUAAGGAAGACCAUUAGAAAGAUGCUGGGGGAUAAUGAAGCUCCCUCACAAAGUUCUUUAAGUACAAGUAUUUCAAGAUAUUUCUAUGAAGAAAAGGAAGCUGGCUUGGUCUGCUGUUUCAUGAGGCAAAACUAUGACCUUUUGAAGGGUAAAAGUUACAAGAAGCAGAAAAACUUUUUCAAUAUGGGAGCCAUCUACCAGUGGCCUGGAGUGCCUCAUCACGAAGAGGCAUUCAAGCAGAGGCUGAGUACCAACCUAUCAGAGAAGCUAUAGAAGGGAUUCCUUACUGAAUGAUCUUUCUUCCAACUCAACGUCCUAGGAGUCUAUAAUGUAUGUUUCAGUGCCAUGUAAUUUUUACAGAUUGGUCAUGGGCUGGCAGCCCAGGCCUAAGAGAGCAAUGUGCUAAUGUCUUAAGAGUCUGCUUUGGUCUUAAAAUGCUGUUUUCAAGUGGCUUGUCUUUAACAGCAACUAGUCAGUUAAUUCUUUUUGCUUUAGGACAAUAGCAGGAGAUAGUCUUGAAUUCUUAAGUUAUCUUAACGUGUCCUAGUGUAAGCAUUAUGAAGAGAAAACACAUAAAUUCAACAGGGGUUGGCCAACUUUUGGCCACAGUGGCUGCUGGAUCUAGACCAUGUUAUUGAAAUUUCUAGUCCAGAACAGAGUUUUAUUGAUUGAUCUAUUUGCCCUAUACUCUCUUUGAUAAAUAUCUAACCCAAUGGUGAAUUACUGAUAGAAAUCGCCAGUAAAGGGAUUUUUUCUUGAGGGCAAUUUUCACAACUUUUACAACAUAGUAUAAUUCACAGAAUUCACAAUUUCACAAGCCUAUCAUCUAUAAAAGUCACAUAAAAAGGUCACUGUACACAGAGUGGCUUCCCUGGCCAAAAAGUCCAGGCCUUCCAAAAUCAUUAAAGUGGAAUAAACUGUCAUCAAAUAACCAUACCCAAAUUUCCAAUUAAGAGCAUAGAGCUGGCCCUCUCCCUUUCCCCCCUCAGCUCUUAAAUCUAGGUUCCCAAGCCGAGUUCACCUACAGCCACCAACACUGAUUUCCGAGUCAUAAGAUCCAAAUGCAGUAGUCACACUGGUGAAAAUUUUCAAGUUACUGUAGUCAUAACUAGUUAUUGCGAAUGCUCAUUUUUUAAAAGUGCAUGAGAUACGGGACCCCUCUUUCUAUUUGCAUUCUGCUUCUGACAGCUUCUGCUUGUAGAUCUUAGGCCUUUAUAAAGACCAACAUGGACUAAAUCUCCAAAGGACUUGCAUAUGGUUUGUUCAUUAAAAAUCACAUAGAUCUAAUGUUCUUGGGCCUGCUUCCUUCCCAAGACAAAUGUUAAUCAUCUUGAAGGAUCAACUGAAGCCCUAUUUCUCUUCCAUACCAAUUUCCCUGCCAAGUCACUUCAUGAUCUCUUAAUAAAGGUACUUAACUGGGAUUCAAGUGGUGGUAUUUUGAUGUGCAACACCCAGAAGGGUGCCUAUGUAUAUAGUCUGGCUAAUGUAGAGAAGGGCCAAUUUAAGCCCCAGAAACUGUGCAGAAAGGGUUAGUGAUUAAUGACAUACCCUGGAAUAUUUAAUGUCAAUGAUGUGGGGUGGUUGUUGUUUUGGCUUUUUUUUUAAGGAACACAGAUUUUUUUAAAUGAGAAGUUCUUCAUUAGAACGAUGUGUAGUUUUUUAAUGGUCCAUUGAAAUGUCAUAUCAAAUUUUAAUUUAGUUCAUUUUUCUGUAAUAGAAGAAAAUUCCAGGGGCCUCAAAAUUCAAUUUGUGCCUGCCUUGGCCAUCUCAAUUUUGCCCUUUGGCAAUCCACACUCCUUGUUGCUGGUGCUGCUAAAAGUCUCAAGAAUUGUGUUUCAGGUGUUUUGAUUCAGCUAUUAAAAUUCAUCUGUGUUAAAGUGAA